AUGUCAACCCUCAAUGUGAACCCUGAAUACUCAGACGACUUUGAGCACAAGCCGCUGCCCUUGAAAUUGUAUCCUGAAUACGACGAUGAAGAAGAUCUACCAAUAAAGAAGAGACUAGAGGCCCUGGUCAACAGGGAUAUGAGCCCAAGCCAGGCGGCCAUUGAUUUUGACACCACUAUCACUGAAGUAACCAAUCGAAGGCAGAAGGAGGUGAUGAAACGGCCAGAUCUGCAGGCCCUCACACCAGAAGAAAGAGCCCAAGGGGUUAACAUGUACGACCUCGUGCCAAAUCCUAGGCUAGCUAUCCACACGAUAUUCCUAUCAAUUGCCCGAUUAUGUGUCACAACCUGGCUUCUCUCGUAUCGUACCUAG